AUACGUCCGUGGCGUUCCUGAUGGGUAAUUAAUUCAAAACCAAACCGUUUUAAACUGUUCAAAACAAGGACGAUAACAGAGAGAAAAUGAGUAAUGAAAAAAGGAUAAUUAUGGAUGUUUACGAAGCUUUGAUCCAGCUACAAUAUCCGAAGAUAACACUUGUAAAUCCAAAAGACGUCGAAACUCAAAUUCUUACUGGAGAAAAUCGCGUUUGUCUAUUGUCGUGGCUUCUACAUCAAAAUCCUAAAUUCACCUUUCCGCCUUUAAAUAAGUUGAAAGGUGCAGCAUUGGAAGAGGAGCUCUUCAAAUACUAUUCGCAGAUUGGUAUUUGCAGUGACAAAGAUAAAUUAUUAGGUAAAUGCUCUCUUAAAAGUCAGAUCAGUACUCUCAAAUUACUAUUGCUCUUCAUGAGGAAUAUUAAUGCGAAUCAAAAAACUGAAGAUGAAGCUGAUAAGGUGUCCAUCAGUGAUACUUUACAAGAGUAUUUUGAGAAGGACGUAAACAUCAUUCCUGCUGGUUUUAGUAUCAGUACAAAAUUGACUCAGGCAGAAACAAAUAAAUAUAUUGAAGAGACUAAAAUGAGGGCAGAAGAAGUUAGGACUAUGAUUUCGGACUCUAAGGAUCAAGUGCCCGAAUCUAAAUCAAAAUCAUCGGUUGAGGAAAGGCUCGCUAGUAUCCAAGAAGUACAGAACGAAAAGUAUAAACCAAGCUUGGAAAAGUUUACUGAAUCGUUCAAGAAUCUCGAUACUGGGCCACAGGCACAGAAACGUCCUUUGCAAAAUUCCUUUAAUAUGAACGAAAUUAUUUGUAAAAUGGAAUCUAGUUUAUCAACCAUAAAACAGGCAUUAUAUUGCAAAGACGAUAUUAUGCGGCUGUCGAUUCCAACCGGGUUGCACAGUUUCAAUUCGCCUCUGCUUGAAACUGUAGAUGAUAGUGUAUUUUGGCUUCAGCGAGUCUCUAAUGUGCAGACUGAAGGCGAUGAUCUUUAAUAAUUAUAUAUUAUUAUAAUAUUUCCGAAGACUGUGAAGUCUGUGACUUUAAUGUUAUUAAUAAAUUAUUUUUGAACCGUUUUUUACUUAUAAAAAAUA